AUGGCAUCACCCUCCAGCUCUCUCCAGUCACCACAUUCCGGCCGGUCAUCUACGUCGCAACACCGCCAUCAGUACGACUUCACCGCCGACUCAAUACCCAUUGAGACACUCGUGCAGUACCUCCUGGAUGCGAAGCGAUCGCUGUCCUCCAUCGGCCUCGUGCUCCGUGCCAACGAGCUCGUCCACAAUGCUCGCGUCGCCCACGAAGAGUCCGUCAUCCUGGCGGCACAAUCUAGUUUCCUGCGCCACGGCAUUAGCGACCAGGUUCGCAUACUCCUCCGCAUCCGCAAAUCCAUGAUCCGGACCUACGACAGUGGCAAGCGCGAGUUCAAGCUUGUCAUCAAAUCUCUGGAUGCAUCCAACUCCCGGCUCGAAGAGACAAUGGCCGUCCUCCGCAAGCGCAUCGUUGACAAGGCCUUCAGACCCCCUGGUGAGGAACCUCGUGACCUGCUUGACUUUGUGGAUGAAGCUCAGGUUGAUGCCAUGAGGGACGCCCUCAAGGAGAAUAUUGCAGCACUGCAGAGCACACAAACCUCCUUUGAUGGCGAUCUACUUCGACUCGAGACCGACCUACGAGACCUCAGCAAAGCUCUGGCCCCGAUACCCGCGCCCGAGUCACCGUCCGCUUCCGCUGAUCAGCAGUCGCUUCUUCAUCUGCUCGAGUCGAUGGUCAACAACUCCCAUGCGAUGGCUGAGCUGCUUGCGUCACUCACCAAGCAUUUCGACUUCUGUGUCACAGCAGUUCGGACCACCGACGGAGGCGCGGAUUUGGCUCGAAUAAAAGCUGCUGAAGCGUCAGCGUCGCAAGGCGGCACCGAAGACGUAUCAAUAUCAGGGGUUAUUGCCGACCAGGAGAGUCAUAUGGCAGGCCAAUUCGAGAACAUGACACACGAGGACAGGGCUCAAAUGCUUGAAGUGCUUGUCCAGGAUGCCUCGGAGGUAGAGGAUGUCUUGCAAGAAUUGACUGAGAGAAUCCAGGAAAUGGAGGCCGAGGCGGCACAGCUCGACGAACAAACGAAUCGCGUAAAAGCAACGUAUAUGGCAACACUGGACGGCUUCAGAGUGCUCGAAGACAUCGGCUCUCGCCUCAGCAGCUAUGUGGCUGCCGAGACAGAGUUCCGACAUCGUUGGGUAGAAGAGCACAACACCAUCGAAGACAAGAUGGAGGAGAUGGGGCAGCUGGAGGCCUUCUACGAAACGUAUGCCGGCUCGUAUGAUGGGCUCAUCCUCGAAGUCGAGAGACGCAGAGCCCUGGAGGACAAAGUCCUGUCCAUCUGGAAGAAGGCCAAAGACAGUAUCGACAAAGUUGUCGCAGAAGAUCGACACCAGCGAGAAUAUUUCCGCCAUGAGGUGGCCGAGUACAUCCCCACCGAUCUCUGGCCUGGCAUGGAUGCGCCCAUGCGAGAAUAG